GAGAAUACUCAGUGACAAUGGUGAAGACAGGAAUAGAGAAAUCUUCAACGACUAGUCCUAGCAAGGGCGAAGAAAGUGUGAAGUUUGCAUCACGGCUUAUAAAGCAUACCACAUCCAUUCCCCAAACCAGGAAUGGCUCUCACUCUGUUCCAAACAUCCUCUACGGAAAGUGGAAUAAUCUACCCAAGAAAGUCCAAGCCUACGUGGACCAUAAUGUGCGACUAUGCCAGCCUUCUUCAAUCCACAUCUGUGACGGAUCGGAUAGUGAGAACAACCUUCUCCUGUACCUCCUCCAGAGGGAUGGUAUGAUCAAACCACUCCACAAGAUGGAAAAUUGUUGGCUAGCAAGGACUGAUCCUGCUGAUGUUGCUCGCGUAGAGAAGCUGACGUUCAUGUCAACAGAAAAUGAGCGUGACACAAUUCCAGUCCGUAAGGAAGGGAUUUCCGGUACAUUGGGAAACUGGAUUAGUCCGAAUGACCUAGAAGAGGAAAUGGAGGAAAGGUUCCCUGGUUGUAUGAGUGGAAGGACCAUGUAUGUGAUCCCAUUCAGUAUGGGGCCGAUUGGCUCACCUCUCUCCAAGAUUGGCAUAGAGUUGACAGACUCAGCAUAUGUUGUGGCUAGCAUGAGGAUCAUGACUCGUAUGGGUGCCAAGGUGCUACAGACGCUGGGUGACGACGACUUUGUCAAGUGUCUGCAUUCAGUAGGCAGGCCUCUCCCCAUUUCAGAGCCUUUAAAAAACAACUGGCCUUGUGACCCUAAGAAAACCAUUAUUGCUCACUUACCAGCCAAGAAUGAGAUCUGUUCUUUUGGCAGCGGAUAUGGUGGAAAUUCACUCCUGGGCAAAAAAUGUUUUGCUUUACGUCUUGGCUCUAUACUUGCCAAAAGAGAAGGCUGGCUUGCUGAACAUAUGUUGAUCCUUGGGAUUGAGAACCCUAAGGGAGAGAAGAAAUAUAUCGCUGCAGCAUUCCCGAGUGCCUGUGGUAAAACCAACCUCGCUAUGAUGAAUCCCUCCCUCCCAGGUUACAAAAUCACAUGUGUUGGUGAUGAUAUAGCAUGGAUGAGGUUCGACAAAGAUGGCCGCCUUAGAGCUAUUAAUCCAGAGGCAGGAUUCUUCGGUGUGGCACCAGGAACCUCAAUGAAAACAAACCCAAAUGCCAUGGAGACAAUCCAAAGCAAUACUGUGUUUACAAAUGUAGCAGAGACUUCUGAUGGUGGUGUAUUCUGGGAAGGUAUGGAAAAUGAAACAGACGAUGGAACUUCUGUUACCUCAUGGCUCAAUGUGAAGGAUUGGACACCAAUGGAUGGAGGAAAUGCUGCUCACCCUAACUCCAGGUUCUGUACACCUGCUGCCCAGUGCCCUAUCAUGGACCCUGCCUGGGAGAGCCCUGAGGGAGUCCCUAUUGAUGCCAUCAUAUUUGGAGGAAGACGUCCUGAGGGUGUACCACUUGUGUAUGAAGCAUUGAGUUGGCAGCAUGGUGUGUACAUUGGUGCCUCUAUGAGGUCAGAGGCUACAGCUGCUGCAGAGCAUAAAAGCAAAGUCAUAAUGCACGAUCCCUUUGCCAUGCGGCCAUUCUUUGGAUACAACUUUGGUCACUAUCUGCAGCACUGGUUAAGUUUCCAGGAAAAACCUGGCCUCCAACUGCCAAAAAUCUACCAUGUCAACUGGUUCAGGAAGAACAAAGAGGGCAAGUUUAUCUGGCCGGGAUUCGGGGAAAAUGCACGAGUGUUGGACUGGAUCUUCCGUCGUAUUGAUGGAGAGGACUGUGCCAAGAUGUCUGCUGUAGGUUACAUCCCAAAAGAGGGGUCAAUUAAUAUGGAAGGUUUGAAUGAAAAAGUAGAUAUGGAGGAAUUAUUUCACCUUCCAAAGGACAGCUGGCUGCAGGAAGUUGUGGAUGUUAAGAAAUACUUUGACGAGCAAGUACACGAAGACCUUCCUGCAGAAAUCACAACAGAACUACAGAGUCUAGAAAAGCGAGUGAAAUCUAUGUUGUAAAGGCUGUCUUCAUUUAGGUCUUGUUACACAAUAUUUUUACAAAUCAAUAUGCUGUGGUUUAUAGUACUCUGGACUUUUGUAUUGAAGUCUAUAAACUACGAAGCAAAACAGUGGCCUACUUAGUGUUACUGUAUCAUGGUGUCAUUAUAAUGUGGAGUGUGGUUGAUGACUAA